GCUUCAUUUCAACUUGAAUCACUCCAUCCGUCUCCUCUACCGCCCUUUUCCUUCAUCGCACCUGCGUGGCUCUUCACUUCCCUUCUCGCCAUAGACAACUUGCACUUUUCUUUCCAACAGACUCAUUUGUUGUUCGUUUGCUUCUCACAUUCCUUUGCUCGUAGAGCUCCGUAUUGCAUCAUUCCUCGCUGCGCGAGGCUUGGAAUGUCAGCCUAAUUUCCUGUCCCGACGAACCAUUCGUUGAGUACGCGAUACGCCUGGUACGCCACCCUGCUUGCAACACCAAUGGUAUGCCUUGCCCUGUCCGAACCAGACUGUCGGCGAGAGAGAUCCAUGACAACAUAAUUCCUGAGUCCGAGUGCGAGUGCGACGAUGGAAGACGCUCAUGCGCAUCCUCUCUCCCCUGUCAACACCAUCCAUACGCGUUCGAGAUCGAGCACCACCCUGACCCUGCGAGACCAUCCUUCCUCUGAUACCACGCCUAAAUCAGUUCCCCAUACACGUCAGCAGAGAAUUUUACAAACCCGCAAUGCUCGAUUUCCCGCCCAGAGGCUUUCUGUUAAUGGCAUCACUGUUCCGUUUCCACAUUUGAUUCGAUCUGUCGAGAACGACACCUAUUUUUCUGCUCCCCGGUUGACAAAGCGUGAAGAGAAUGGCCUUGAUCCAGAAAAAUCCUCCGACUUGACCAGCACCUCUCCCCGGUCUAGUAUAUUGAACGAAAUCACAAAUUCGGGAGCAUAUCGUGUCCGAGGUGUGCAUAGAAGAGCACCUAUACCAGUUUUCCAGGACUCUACAGAAAAUCCCUGCUCCACCACGGCAGGUCCGAACUCGCCUUCAGUCUACCACGACGCUGCCAGCGAUAUUCAGUCGCUUUCUGGUGUUGAUUCUUUCCGAGGCUCGACCACCAUGGGGCUCCGGGAAGUUUCCAUAAACCUCCAUCGACCAUCGCCCAACAAAGACUCGCCAUAUAACCGUUCCAUGCGGAGUAGUUCUCGUCGCGUACCGUCCCAUAGCAAAGCUCGAUUCAAUUCAGAAGAGUACAUUGAACAUAUCGAAAAUGAACUCCAGCUGGUCAAAGAUGCCAUGUACUCCCCGACAACUAACAUGCCAUGGAAGGAGAAGCUGAGAAAGGCCAAGGAAGAGAACGAGAGGCUGAAGAAGGAAAUCGAAAUCAUGAGGUCGUCCUUUGAAUUCGAAUUGCAACAGACUGUUGAAAGGUCGACGGAAACGGAACAGAGGUUGAAGCGGAGGAUUAAGGAUCUGGAGGAUGAAAUGGAACACAAGCAAACCGUGAUCCAGGACUUGGAGUAUGACCGCGAGGAAAAAAGCAUGGCCCAAGGUACCCUGGAAGUCCUCAAGGCAAGGAUUGAAAAGCUCGAAGAAGAAAAGUCCAGCCUCGAGAACACGAACCGCGACAUGACGAAGCGUAACGAGGUCUUGACCCAGCUACUGGCCCUUUCUCCCACCAAGACUCACCAUAACUUCGAGCUUCCGACUCCUAGAAGACGAAGUGCGCGACCCAUGUCUAUGAUCAUCCCUAAGUUGCCGUCCUCGCCUGGUGGACAAACACCGUUAAGCCGGCCUCAAUCGGUCCUGAUAUCACCUGCGCUUCCAGCUUCCGAUUACUUCCCUGCAAGCGUUGCCUCAUCACCUCUGGCAUCAACUUCAGGAGGCAUUGCCCAUUCACCGUCAGCUUCUGAGGACGCCCACUCGAUCGACUCGGGGUUGGGAGAAUCUGCUUCGCACUUUACGGAAAGCGCUUACUCCCGACGGUCGACACUGGCCUCCUGCAUCUCGAAUAGUCCACAGACGGCUUCAACCGGGCAUCGUCAGCCAGAGGCAAGACCGCCGCUCAUGAGACAGCCUUCUAAAAGGCGACCUAGGAAGUUUAUGCCAGGAUCAACCCAGUUGAAGCCACUACUUUUGCCAACCUUUACUUCUGAAAAUGGCAAUCUUCCUUCUACAUCACCCCUUACGUCACCGAAUCGGAACUCUGUUGUUCUUGACGGUGGUCUAUCUACGAUGCAACAGUGGGGUUCUCCUCCGGUGCUGCAGAGACGGACGGAAGACUUGAUUGAAAAGGAGGCAUUGCAUUCAUCUCAUGAUGUCGCCGCGCAGACGAAUCAUGCUUUCCAAAGUCUAGAGGAGGUUUUCGCAAAAGAAGAGGGGUUACACUACCCUGGAAGCGCUGCAGAGGAAUCAUAUGAGUCACCGGAUCAGCGACGUUGUCUACAAUCGCCUAGUCGUAUUCAAGAUAUCCAAGCCAGCACGUCUCCAUAUGUCCAGCAUGAGGAAGAUGAUGCAUAUGCGUCAGUCGGCCCUUGGGGCCUCGGGAUUGACUAUGAAAUGCCUACGGAUGUCGACCUUGCGCGCGCUACGGACGUUGAACAGACGAAUCACAGCGAUUUGUCCAGUGGCCAUGAACGGAACCCAGGAUUCGGAACGGGUCAAACUCCUGAGCAGCUCGUCAGAAGCCUCGAAACUCUCGACGAACAAGUUGAAAUUCCACGGCCACUGUUUUUCAAGGAUGUCAUCUCACGGGAAGGCGAUGUUCAGUCAUCACCAUGUACACAGUUUGAACGAUCUCCAUGGGUUCCACGAAAACGUCGAAAACCUGGCUCAGCUUUCGACGCAUCACUGCCUGAGGACGACCUCGACCCUGGUGGUUCGCCGUUGAAGCAGAGCGCGAGUCCUUCGUCGCCUGAGUCAAGUUCGGGCCCUGCGCAGCGAGCAGUUGCCGCCUCAGCCGAACCCUCGACCCGUUCUUUUGCUCCUAGGAGGCAACGUUCUAACAGAGGCCGCAGCCCCCUGGAGAUUCUUCAGCAACGCAAUGUUGGUCCACGUCCACUUGCUGCCAUCACCAUUCAGACAGUUUAUGCCACAUUAUCGCGCUACACUUCAUAUAUCCAAAGCUUCAAGCGGGAUCCACUUGCUCUGGCACGACGGGUCAUAGCCAACGCGUGGCGCUCGAAUUGGGCUGUGUUUGGGAAGUUGAGUUGGUGGGUGAUAGGUUUGUUCAUCGGCUACCGACGUCCCCGACUUGGCCAACGUACGUGGGACUGGGACAACUAUGAUGGUGAAAGCAUUGCCGAUCGCUGUUGUGGCUCUGAUGAAAAUCGAGUGCCUGUGGACGUGAAUUCUGCUUCCAUGGAAAGCGGGAGCGUAGAGCGAGCAGUUGACAAUGUUGGCGUCGCGACGAGUGCCGGUACAACCUCAACAGAUGGAAAAUCAUCGCCACCCAAAGAACCCAAGCCAGGCUGGGGCAAGUCCCUGUUUCUCUGGGGCAAGUUCAGCGUGGCAAUCAUGCUUGCAGUGGGAGGUGCCAUCGUGAAAGGACCAGCCGAAAUGCUCCGCGAAACUGAAGAGAGAAGAAGAUCACGGAGCAACAGCCUCACCGGAAUCAACGUCAGAGAACAAAGCGGCGAGUCCGGCACAACCGGUCAUACUGGUCGAGCCCCCGAUCGUUUUUACAGACACCAGCAAGGAGCUUGGCCGGCAACAACUCCAGACCGUGAAGACAUCAAAGGAAUGGCAACGAUCCGCAAAGUUCGAAGCUUCAGUUCUCCAACGCCUCCAUCAUGGCAGCAUCAGGUUGAGGUUGAGAUUCCACUGCACGACCAGUCCUGUCAAGAUCUUUCAGAAAAUGAGCAAUCCAAGUUGGGCUCUCAUGGGAUAUCCACGGACGACGAUGAUGCUCCUGGAGCUGCCAACGACACCCUGAAACCCGUUAGAACCGAGCGAAAGGCGAUUGGAUCAUUAUUCGAGCUGCCAGGUGACGAAUGCCUCCAGAAUCCUGUAACGGCAGACUCACCAGACACAGGCAAUGCUGCUUCGACGAGCGGUGGAAGAGGAACUUCUAUCGAACACUUGUUGGAGAACGGCUGAUACUCAAUUCAGUCAUGACAACACGACAACAAUAACACACGUUGGGGGUAUUGCAGUCGCUCUAUUUGAAUGUGAAUCCGGCUGGUGCAGACGGCCGCAGAGGAGAGGAAUUGUAUGAAUUACGAGGUUACGAAAUGAUACCAUCGCAGCGCAAUGCAACGGGUUUCCAUCUUGUCCUUAUGACAAGAAUGGAGGAAAUUGAGGAAAGGAGUGGAGGAGCAACAGCUUGCUAUGGCGCAUGUUGUCCAUUGGCACGGCCAUUCAGUAUUGGGUACUCAAGUACUAGUAAUGUUCAAUACAGAUGAAGAUAUCCACCGAAUCCGGAACUUGAGGAUGAGCAAAACCCAUGCAUACGCACAGGCAGCCGAAUUACGAGUUGGCAGACUGUUCGGAGAGGGUAAAUUGCCGUCGAAGCUUUUACUGUCUAGAGAACAGGAAAGAUAGGUAAUAAUCGUAAUUAAUAAUUACCUCCUCCUAGUUAGUAGGACGAUGGAAAAGAGUCCCGGUCAAUUUUCUUCGCCUGAUCAAUGUAUUAUUAGUUGCGAUUGCAUUGUCUUGCCUUGCCAUGCCAUGCAGCGUGAUGUUUUUGCGCUGAAGGAACAAUUCGUGUCUUGUCUGUCCGUCUGUACAUACCAGUACAGUGCAAAUCUUCGACUGUACAGUAUGUGUUUGCGGCAGCUGAACCGUCCGAAAGACCGUCUGAAAUUCC